UUCACCUCUCAUUUCAGGUUCAUCACUUCAUCUUCAAAACAAUCUUCUUUUCUCACACAACAUCAAUCACAUGGCGGCCGUAAACAGUGGUGGCAGCGAUGAAAUUAUUAGUCAACCGGCGAAACACCAAGAAGUUGGCCACAAGAGUCUCCUACAAAGUGAUGCUCUUUACCAAUAUAUUCUUGAAACCUCCGUCUACCCAAGAGAGCCUGCACCCAUGAAAGAGCUCCGUGAGGUCACUGCUAAACAUCCAUGGAAUCUUAUGACCACUUCUGCCGACGAAGGCCAGUUUUUGAACCUUCUUCUGAAGCUCAUCAACGCCAAGAACACCAUGGAGAUUGGUGUGUACACUGGUUAUUCUCUUUUGUCAACCGCCCUUGCUCUCCCUGAUGAUGGAAAGAUAUUGGCUUUAGAUAUUAAUCGUGAAAAUUAUGAGAUUGGUCUUCCAAUCAUUGAGAAGGCCGGUGUUGCCCACAAGAUUGACUUCAGAGAAGGUCCUGCACUUCCUGUUCUAGACCUAAUGAUCGAAGAUGAAAAAUUCCAUGGAAGUUUUGAUUUUAUAUUUGUGGAUGCUGAUAAAGACAACUAUCUAAACUACCACAAGAGAUUAAUUGACCUUGUCAAGAUUGGUGGCGUAAUUGGCUAUGACAACACCCUUUGGAAUGGAUCAUUGGUGGCGCCACCAGAUGCACCGCUUAGGAAGUAUGUUAGAUACUACAGAGACUUUGUGUUGGAACUUAACAAGGCGUUGGCUGUUGACCCAAGAGUUGAGAUUUGUCAGCUUCCAGUUGGAGAUGGAAUUACAUUAUGUCGUCGUAUCAGCUGAAGCUAAAGACAAGCUGGUCAUAAUUAGGUCACCAAUGAAAGCUAGUGUUUGAUCUUGAUGUCUAUGUUUCAAAUUUGGUAAAUUAUUUCUAUGGAUUUUAUGGGCUUAUAUAUUAACGGUUCAUUCCGUAACUUUUUCUUUUCA